GAGUCGGUACUGCAGCCUGUUAUAUAUAUGCGAAGGAGGCGUGUGGUUACGCUCCACUCCGCUAACAUCGCUUUUCGCCAACUGAAAACAACCCGUGUGUGUGUUGGCGAUUAGUAAAACAGCAGCCGUGCCCCGCCGCGCCCCCACCCCUAGCGGAGCCGUCAUGUGGCAGGAGGCCCGCAAACAUGAGCGCAAGCUCCGUGGCAUGAUGGUAGACUACAAACGGCGAGGCGAGCGCCGGCGAGAGUACUAUGAGAAGAUAAAAAAAGAUCCUGCUCAGUUUCUUCAAGUUCACGGUCGAGCCUACAAAAUCCAUCUGGAUCCAGCUGUGGCACUGGCCGCAGAGAGCCCUGCAAACAUGAUGCCUUGGCAAGGAGAUGCCAACAACAUGAUUGACAGGUUUGAUGUUAGGGCUCACCUGGACUACAUCCCCACCUACACGCCACCUCUGCUCACCACAUCCACUCCAGAGCAGGAGAUGGAGGAGAGAAAGUGUAACUAUGAGCGCUACAGAGGCCUUGUACAGAAUGACUUUGCCAACAUCUCUGAGGAGCAGUGUUUAUACCAGAUCUACCUGGAUGAGCUCUAUGGUGGUCUGCCCAAACCAAAUGAGGAUGAGAAGAAAAAACUGGCUGAGAAGAAGGCCACCAUUGGUUACACGUAUGAAGACAGCACUGUAGCAGAGGCUGAGCCCCAGUCAGACAAAGAGGAAGACAAUUCAGAAAACAGUGAAUCCGAAGAUGACGAAGGCAUUCCAGAUAUCGAUGUGGAGGUUGAUGUUGAUGAGCUGAACCAGGAGCAGGUGAUGGACCUGAACAAAAUGGCAACGCCAUAUGGAAUGGCUGAAGGAGACUUUGUCAGGAUGUUGAGGAAAGACAAGGAAGAAGUGGAGGCCAUCAAACAUGCCAAAGCUCUGGAGGCGGAGAAGGCCAUGUACUCUGGCCGCCGCUCUCGUAGACAGAGGAGGGAGUUCAGAGAGAAGAGGCUAAAAGGAAGACAAAUCAGCCCUCCGAGCUACGCCAGGAGAGACAGUCCAACGUAUGAUCCUUAUAAACGGCCAGAGUCAGAGUCCAGCUCUGAGUCGCGGUCACGCUCACGUACUCCCGGUCCAGAGAAGAUCACUUUCAUCACCAGCUUCGGCGGCAGCGACGACGAAGCCGCGGCAGCACCGCAAACAGCUGCUCCUCACUCUGGCCACGCCCCUUCCAACUCGCAGCACUCUGCAGGUCAUAGCAGGGGCUCCCGGAGACGAAGGUCAUCCAGCAGCCACUCCCCUUCUUCCUCCUCGCGCUCCUCCUCUCGGUCCUCCUCUCGCUCAUCCUCACAUUCACGUCGACCCCGACGAGGACGCGGGGGAAGAGAUGGGCGUCGAUCCCGGAGUCGCUCGCGGUCAAGGCGGCGCUCUAGGUCCUACUCGCGAGGUAGAGGAGGGAACGGAGGAUCGUGGAGGAGACGUGACCGGUCACGCUCCAACGACAGAGACAGAGAACGCGAGAGGGACAGAGAGCGAGAACGAGACCGGGAUCGAGAUAGGGACAGAGACAGGGAUAGGAGACGAUACUCGGCACGUAGAAGAACAAGGUCCCGCUCGAGCUCACGUCAGGGCGGCAGCUCGAGGCGAGGGGGUCGGAGCAGUGGAGGACAUCGUCGUGGUGACAGCGGCAGCCGCAGUCCCUCACGAACCCCUAGCCGCCCUCGCCGUAGCCCAUCCCCUGCCCACAGAGGGGCCCAGCCUGCUACCAUUGCCAUCUCUGACAAGUUAAGAAAGCCUGACACUUCGGGUGGUAAAGAGACGGGAGCUGCCAAACCCAAGAUGACCCCACAGGAACGGCUGAAGCUGAAAAUGCAGAAGGCUCUCAACAAGCAGUCCAAGGCGGAUAAGAAAGCCGCUCAGGUGAAGAUCCAGCAGCAGGAACACAAACGACAGGAGCGAGAAGGCGAACUGCGAGCCAUGGCACGCAAGAUACGCAUGAAGGAGCGCGAGCGCCGUGAGAAAGAAAGGGACGAAUGGGAAAGACAAUACGGGCGACAGAGCCACUCGCCUUCUCCUUCCAAAUAUGGCCGAGAAUACAACUCAUACAGAAGGAGGUCGCGGUCUCGAUCGCGGAGUCCAUCCUACAGAUACUGAGCGGAUGGCUGGACAGCAGUACAUCGGUUUCGAGCACAUACUAUCCAACAACAGCCUACAUACAACAUGGAAACAUGAAGAAAUGACUGCUGGCUAACCAACCACAAAUCUGCACCUGGAUGUUCUCUGGUUUUGUUCCUGUGACACCUUCAGCCCUUUUCAGACAUGGAUUGUUUUAUUCACACUGAAGGUCACACUGCUGCUUUCUGAGAACAAUUGUGAUGCCUGGCACCUGUAGCCUCAAACACUAAAGGUGUGUACUCACACUUGGCUACAGUGACUAAGAGUGGAAUCUCUGUAUGUGUGCUGCAUGGUGCUUCCCCUUACACACAAGCUCAACAUGCAGAUUCCUGCUUUUCUUUUAAAGCAGAAUUAAGUAAGAGAAGAAUCUCUAAAUAUUCCCUAAACGUAGAAACUAAUUUUUGAUCGUGUGCAGGUUUCUGUGGUUCAGGCUUUAGUGAGGCGAACACCACAAAGAUGCAGAAGGGCCAUGUGCCUGUCUGUCCUUUCUAAAGCGACUGCAUCAGUCGACCUGCUGUGAUGAAUGUGACGCAGAAGGCCGCUGUGUUCAGGUGAAGGAUAUGUCUGAAAAGGGCUCCAGUCACUAAAUACAGUUAAUUGGUUUAAUUUCUCCUUGUAAAGACGGUCUUAUCAAAUAACAAACUCUGGUUUCUCCACUUCUGCAUGCUCUCCCUCUCCGUUUCCCUUUCUGAACACUUCCUCUCAGCACGGAGACAUUUGUAUCUACUACUAAGCAAUACCUGCAGUUUGUAUCCUCCUCACAUCACAGCCUCCUCCCACAGCUUCUUUUUUAAUAUGAAAACAUUAAACCGAAGAACAUUUUAAACGCCUCCUGUGUGACCUGUCCAUCUGAAAUCACCUCACAGAAAGCCGAUGAAGUCAAAGUCUCGAUGCAUUUAUUAAAGUGGCUGCUCUUUUUGUACCGUCCUCAACCAGCUGUUGACAAAAGCAGAGAAGUCUUUGUUCUCAGUGAUGUGGAAUGUUAAAUACAAUAAAAUUUACUUUGAA